CAAGUACGGUUGACGCCAUUUUCGCGCUUCAUGCCAUUAUUACAAAAUCUCUAAAUGAUAGUAAACGUUUAUAUUGUUGUUUUGUUGACUAUAAGAAAGCGUUCGACUCCGUCGAUCGUUGUAAAUUGUGGUAUAAAUUGUCAAAAUUAGGAGUUCGAGGAAGGCUGUUAUCAAUUUUGAAAGCCAUGUAUAAAAAAGUUAAGACAUGUGUCUCAUCUAAGGGAAGAUGUUCCGAUUUUUUUGCAAACAACAUGGGUCUCGCCCAAGGGGAAAUUUUAUCCCCAAUUAUGUUUUCAAUGUAUGUAAAUGACUUUGAAAAUGACUUUAUUGCUAACGGUGUUAAACCGUAUGAUUUUGGAGAACUCAGUCUCUUUUUAUUAAUGUAUGCGGAUGAUUUGGUGCUACUUGCAGAAUCAGCCAAUGAGCUACAGAAUAUGUUAAAUAGUUUGUCUAUAUAUGCGAACUCAUGGAAAUUGACCGUUAAUACGGCAAAAACUAAGAUUGUUGUCUUUAGAAAUGGAGGCCGCUUACGAAAUAACGAGGAAUGGUUCUUCGAUAGAAAAAAAAUAGAAGUCGUUGAACAGUUUACUUAUCUAGGUAUUGAUUUUAAAUGGAACAAUAAAUUUAAUAUUGUACAAAAGCAAUUAUCCGGGCAAGGUCGAAAGUCAGUAUUUGCCUUAUAUACAAAAUGUAAAAAUAUGAAUUUAAACUGCCAUACUUUGAUUAAACUUUUUGACACAUAUGUUACCAGUAUACUGUGUUACGCAUCUGAGGUAUGGGGCUCGUGCAAAGGCAUAGAUAUUGAGAAAGUUCACCUGGAAUUUUGCAAAAGGAUAUUAUGUGUUAAGAAGUCAACAUGUAAUGUAAUGAUCUAUUUUGAAUUGGGUAGAUUUCCGAUUGUACAUACCAGACACUAUAAUUUAAUUAAGUACUGGUUCAAGCUUUUAAAUACUAAGAACUGUGUUCUUAAAACUGCCUAUGAUGAACUCAUGUAUAUGCCAAAGCGAAAUACUGUUUUUAAUUGGGUAACUUUUGUGAAAGACAAACUUUUUUCACUCGGUCUUGGCGAAGUGUGGCUGAAUCAAAAUAAUGUGAACUCGUCUGAAACUGGGAGAUAUCGAAACAUUGUAAGAAAUGAACGUAUAUGCAGAAUUUGUAACUCUGAAGAUAUUGAAGACGAAUACCAUUUUUUGUUCAUUUGUCCAUUUUAUCAAGUUUUAAGAGAAAGACGUAUAAAAUUGUACUACUGGAAAAAACCAUCUGUUUUCAAGCUGAUUCAAUUAUUAAGCACAACGAACGUUAAAGAAUUAACUAUGUUAAGUAAAUAUAUAUAUGAUGCCACCCAGUUGAGGAAUAGCAUGAUAUAAUGUUAAAAUAUAUGUUACUACAUGCAUUUUUUGUCCAUUCUCCACUGCGUUUUUGCAGUGUCUGCCACUGUAUUUAUAUGUAUU